AUUCAAACCGGUAUAAAGUCGCGUGCGAUUCGGCAGAAGGCAUCAGUCAGUUGUCUUCUCCAACUAAGCCAACAGCAACAUGAACUCCAAGGUCGUCGUUCUUCUCGCCGUCGUGGCCGUCGCGAUUUGCGCCCCCGCCGACCAUGAGCAAGCCCGGCAGAAGCGAGGCGCGCUUUCCUACCCCUAUCAUUACACCUACCCCCUCGCCCACCACCCCGUCGUAGUCCAUCGGCCCAUCCCUCACGUGGUGCACCCCGUGUCCUACGCCAACUACUACAGCAACGCCAUCGUCAACCCCUACACUGGCUUGGCCGUCAGGUUUGGCGCCGCCGAAACCGCCCCUGCCUCCUCCACCGCCGCCCCCGAAACUGCCCCUGAAACUGCCGCCGACGAAGAAAGCAAAGAAUAAAAAAAAGUCGGCUGGAAUGGAUUUUGACAAUGUUCUGUAAAUAAAAUUAAAUAAGUUUCAUAAUAUAAUGAUGCUGAUCAUCGUUUUAAUUAAUUAAAAAAGUUUAAGUUUAUUUUAUU